GUUAGUCCUUUUUUGUUUGUUUUUUUCAUAGUUGUGGUUUUGAAUUAAACAACACGGCCGGCGGUCAGAGCUCGUCAUUACAGGAAAAAAGAAGCAAGACCUUGCCUGAUCUUGAGGAUUUAUUUACAAAUAGAUGUUGCUCGAUUUGAUCGCUGUCAGGAGAUCAGAGUGACGAUCAGGUGCGCUGUAAAACCUGAAGGAAAGACGUUAAAAAAAGAGGACUAUGGUGACCAUACAGAUAUGCCGACGCGAAUAUGAGUGUCCACGUCUGCCUCCACAUCUCUGAGAGAGAAAAUUCUGCUUCGCACCUUCUUCAAAGAAGCUGGACUCUGAAUCAGCUUCAUUUCCAAAUUUAAUCAUUAAUCUUGUCAUUUUGAAGAAAUAAUCAUUUCAGACUGCUUUUGUCUUCGGGGAAGGAUGUUCUUAACCCUGCACGUGACUGUCAUGUCGUCAGCGUUUUUCAAUCCCAGUUUUGCCUUCAGCUCCCACUUUGACACAGAUGGAGCUCCGCUGAGCGAGCUGUCAUGGCCUUCGUCCCUUGCCGUGGUUGUGGUCUCCUUCUCCGGCCUCUUCGCCUUCGUCUUCCUCAUGCUGGCCUGCUUGUGCUGCAAGAAGGGUGACAUCGGCUUUAAGGAGUUUGACAACGCCGAGGCCGAGGAGUACCAGGCGGACCUUUCGCCUUCCUGCCACAAUGGGCCCGAGGUGUACAUCUUGCCCCUCACCGAGGUCUCCCUGCCCGUCUCCAAGCAGCCCAGCAGAUCCAUCCAACUUCUCAAAUCGUCAGCCCUCGGCCGCCACAGUUUACUCUAUCUCAAGGAGAUUGGCCAUGGCUGGUUUGGCAAGGUGUUGCUGGGUGAGGUCAACGUGGGCCUCAAUACCACUCAGGUGGUGGUGAAGGAGCUGAAGGCCAGCGCAAGUGUCCAGGACCAAAUGCAGUUCCUGGAGGAGGUGCAGCCAUAUCGGAAAUUGCAGCACCCCGCCCUCUUGCAAUGCUUGGCCCAGUGCUCGGAGGUCACUCCUUAUCUGGUGGUCAUGGAGUUUUGUCCUCUGGGUGACCUGAAAAGCUAUCUCUGCAGUUGCCGACUAUCAGACUCCGACAAGCCUGACCCUCUCAUCCUCCAGCGUAUGGCCUGCGACGUCGCCUCAGGGCUUUUACACCUCCACAAGAACAACUUCAUCCACGGCGACCUAGCCAUGCGGAACAUCUUGCUCACAUCAGAAAUGUCCGUGAAAAUCGGCGACUAUGGCCUUUCUCACAGUCUAUUUAAGGAAGAUUACUACUAUACACAAGAUCAGAUUUGGGUGCCCCUGCGCUGGAUCGCACCAGAGCUCAUUGACGAAGUCCAUGGAAACCUGUUGGUUGUUGACCAGACAAAAGCAAGCAACAUAUGGUCGUUGGGCGUGACUGUGUGGGAGUUGUUUGAGCUAGGAGAGCAGCCAUACAGACAGUACUCUGACAGACAGGUACUAACGUACACCGUGCGAGAACAGCAGCUCAAACUGCCAAAACCACAGGUCCAGUUUCCUCUUGCGGAGCGCUGGUAUGAGGUCAUGCAGUUCUGCUGGCUGCAGGCCGAGCUGAGACCGAGCAUCGAGGAAGUCCACCUCCUGCUCACAUACUUGUGCGCCAAAGGCUCCAGUGAGGCCGAAGAGGAUUUUGAAGAACGCUGGAAUGCCUUGAGACCAAAUUUGCUUGGCAGCCCUUCCCACAUAGCUGCGCCAGUGCCCCUUGUGCUCAUGCCGGGUCUAGCCGAGGCCCACGGUCCGACACACGCUCAGGCAGUGGAGCUGGCCUCGUCUGCCUCAUCUUCCUUCCCCCUGCUGGAGCACUUUUCUGACAGUUUUCAUUCGGACAUGGGGGAUGACUUGCUGACCGUCACUGAGACAAGCCACGGUCUCAACUUUGAGUACAAGUGGGAGCAAGCCCGAGCUGAGCAGCCAUACUGUUCGUUGUCCACCAGCGGUCCACUGGGCCAAGUGAACCCACAUUAUCAAGAUAUGUACUAUUCAAACAAUGCAAGCACCUCAGAUGGAUGCAGGACUGAGACAUCCCCACCUUACUAUGAGCCAGAACAUCCAGGUGUGGUCCCCGUGUUGAGUGCCCACAGCCCCUCAGUCAGCAGUGAGUAUUAUAUCCGUAUAGAGGAACCUUCAGAGUGUAACAUUCACUUGGACGACAAUGUUGUAGAUUUUGGUCCAGUGCUUGAGGCUGGCAGCGGUAGGUUGUCUCCUAAAAGUCAGACUGGUUCAACCACAGCACAAACGAAUGCUUACUGGUCAACUGCUGAUGGCACCAAAUCAACUGCUUAUGAUUCCGAUUCAAGCUCCACUGUACAGCUAACCUUGGAGCCACUGCUCAGGCAGACAUCCAGCCCUGUGAUGUUCAGCCGGUCCCAUGCAGACUCCUCCUCCCCUCAAGUUGACAAUGAGUACUAUGAAUCCAUGUGCCAAGCCAGUCCGUCACUUUCACAACACUCCAAUUUUGGCAACCCGGUGGCAUUGUCAGAAAAUAAGCCGAGUCAGACGCCAGCAGUGAGCACCCCAAGCUUAGGGUUGCGUGACCCCUAUCUUGAAGAUGGAAGCAGAUGCGAAAUGCUUCAUGAAAGCUGCCAUACCUCAGUGGGAUCCCUUCGAAAGACACAACCCAUCGUAAACCGCAUCAGUAUAGAUGAACGAAGUACCGGCCCAUUGGUGGGUCAUCAGUGGGCUAGGGAUACUGAUUGGACCUCCAACCAUUCUGCCAACAAUAAUAUCCCACACUUUAGCAACGGGAAUAGAGACAGGAUGGAGAAGUAUCUUGACCUUCAGUAUAACGUGCACUGUAACACGACGGAAGUGUGGUCUUUAACCAAGGAUACCACCAAAACCUUCCGCAGUUCAGGGACUUGUAAAGAAGAAGCAGAACGAGGGCAACCUGCUUGUCGUGAUGCCAGCAAACUCAAAGAACUUGGGUCAUACAUUCACUUGUGUCGCCAAGACAGCGGGACUGGUCCAGAGGAAAACAACUUGGCUAGUUUCCAAAGUCCUAAUGGCCCUAUCGGUGAGAGUGCCCGAGAAAAUGAAAAGCAAUUGUUACUUAAUGGAGAGAGAUUGCAUUUAAAGCCCAAGAUAAUACCCGAUACAACCUACAUCAAGUCUCCUUCAUCCUGCACUGAAUCUUGUAGCUGGAUUCAAGCUCCACCAGAGAAGCAGAUGUGGGAGCAGGGUUCAGCAGGAGUCUCGACUCUUGGAAAUUUAAAGCUUACUUGUCCACCCUUAGAUGGUAGAAGAAAAUUGAUAAGUGGACUUGGUAUCAGAGACUCCAGUGCUACCCUGGUGGAGCUUGGGGACUAUAGUGAGGAGGAUGAUGACUUUACAGAUAUCACAUCAAGCAUCUUUACAGACUUCAACCUCGAUUAUGCAGACAUGCAGGAGGAAGAGCUAAGUCCGCUGAAGAACCCAGAGGGAACUCCUGACUCCGUAGACACCAUUAACCUCUCAUCAUCCAUGGCGAGCACCUGCGACCAAGCCUUCAGCCCAGAUACCUUCAGUACUCCUGCCCAGCCCAAAUCCCUGGAUAGUGGGUAUGACACGGAAAAUAAUGGAUCUCCAGAGUUUAUGUUUAAAGAGCUUGUAAGUCCCCAAACAAGUACAACUGGACUAGUUCUGCAAGUGGCUGUGCGUCAGAAUCUCACUAGUUCAUCAGAAGUCCGCUUCAAGGACGUGACUAAGAAAAACACAUACCGGGACUCUGCUUAUUUCUCCGACUAUGACACUGAAAAUGACAAAAGCCCCAACGAGGAAGGCGGUAAAUUCUUUGCAGGUCCAAGUAAACAUGACUUGUAUGCCGGGAAACUGAGCUCUUCCAGAGAUCCAACCAAAAGAGAAUUUAUCACUGCUGAGGUCUUCAAUCAAAGAAAAAACUGUAUUUUGACAAGAUCCUCUGAGCCAAACUCCCCCCAUCCAGUUUCCACACCUGGGCUGUCCAUGUUGUCACCGUUUCCUGUGCAGAUGGGCGGGUGCCUGACCAAAGGGGCAGCCCCAGAUUAUGAUAAUGUGGAGUUGGAGAGAGAGUGUCAAGAGGAGCCCUGCUCAGAGCUUAGCUCCUCUGCUGACUCUGAACCCUCCCGCACCGACCAGGAGACCUCAACAAACCACCAGGAUGGAAGCAAAAGACCUGAAGACUGUUGCCAAGUGCAGAUUUUAUGCACUGACUCCACCGUAUCUGACUACGAUGACGAUGAACACAAAGAGAACGAAAAUACCGAUCAAUCCACGGAGGGGGAAGAGCUGCCAGCAUUCAAUCAUGCGGAAGCAGUGCCAGACAGAGGGGACACGGUCAGGAUAAACGAGGAUGACUUUGAGGAUAUCGAUGCAGAGGAAUGCGACUCACAGGACAGCUUAUGCGAAGCAUCAAUGGGUGCCGCCGACAUGUCGUCCGUCUCAUCGCUGCUGGAGCUGUGCGGGGAGCCAGUAAGAGCUCCGCUGGAGGAGGCGGAGGACGAGGACGACUCGGACGACAGCGAGUCGGAUGAAGAGUUGCGAACCUACAACAUCCAGGAGGAAGACAGCGAGGGGAGCGAUGAGGAUCUGACCGUAGUGCCGAUGGUGGUGAGCGACACCGACAGGGUCAGGCAUCUCCGUAGCCUCCUAAAGAUGCCAACGCUCCUCACUCAGUCAUUCUGCGAGGAGCUUGAGAGGAAGAAAAAGGCAGUGUCCUUCUUUGACGAUGUCACCGUGUACCUCUUUGACCAGGAGAGUCCAACCGGAGAUCUAGUCGACUGCAGCUUUGCCACUGAGAAGGGGUGCAGCGGGAAGGGGACAAUGGAUGAAAACACCUCCAAUGUGGAUGACAGUACGUCCAACUUAGGUGAAAACAUUUCAAAAGUGGACGAAGGCACCUCCAAUGUGGAUGACAACACAUACAACAUGGGUGAAAACAAACGCGAAGCCUGUGAGCCACAGUGCGAUGCCGAGGAGACAUAUAACGCAGAGCAAGGUUUUGAGUGGGAGGAGGAUCUUGCUUUUGAGCAUUGCCAAGCUUCACCUGACGCCGCGGCCGAACCCCAGGGCAAACUCGCUUCCCCAUCAAACAGCCCCGAUGUGCCAAAAUCAGCAACUGUGGCACUGAACCGCUUCAUGGUCUCCAGAUUCUCCAUCACGCAUGUGUCAGACACGAUCGCAGCAACGGGGAAUACCGAAGAUUGUCCCAAAGACUGAAAGGCCAUCGGCGGACAGUAGCUCAUUUCUUCUCUCCCCACUUCCAACACACACAAAACAAAACAUCAGGAUGUAUGUGAUGUUUGUAAUACAGAGUUUUAUUUUGAAUGGUCGCUUUAGGUCACUUGACUGGCAAGGGACCCUUUUGAGACAGUGCCUCGUAUUGUGGUGUUUUGCACACUUCUUAAUUUGCAGAUUUGCUGCUAAAGACGUCAUGAGGAACGGACAGUCUUUCCCCAAAGUCUGGAUCAAACAUACUGUGCUAGCUCAAUAUUCGCAUCCAAGAUCAUUUGUUGAGUAUAAAACAGUUCAGAUCAAAGCAAGCUUCAUUCAUUCAUUGGCUGCCUCCGCUGAACAUUUUUAAAAACUAUUACACGCUCAUGUUUGAUGGAUUCUUGUGCUGGAAAAUGAAGAUAUAUUUAUUCUUUAAAAUGUUAUCAGAAAAAGUAGAAGCAAUGACUUAUAAUAAUAAUAAUACAUUACAUUUGCAAGCACCUUUCACAACACUCAAGGACACUUUAUACUUACUUGGCAGGCAAUGACAAACAGUCCAAAUCAACUGGGAUGAAGUAAAAACGACGUCCUAAAAAUUCUACACGCCACUCUUCAAAUAGUGCGGUUUUGUGUGCGUUUCAAAAAAUAAAGAAACCUUUUGAAUAGCAUCUGAUUCAUCCCAAUAAAGUUUUGAUGUUCUGGUAGGCUUUUCCUGAUGUUUUUCUUUCUUUGAAAAGCCAACUUGAACAGUGAAACUGUUUCAUUUUAGAAUGGUAGCAGGCAUGUGUGGACUCUUAACACGAGUUUGAUCAUCACCGGGUUAUUGUGAGGGUGUGAAUAUUUAUGUAAUGACAUCAUGACAGUUGUUCUUUUUACGUAACUCUUUUUUUCCUUUUUUUUUGUACAUGUAGGUCACAUUGAUGGCGAAAAAAGCUUUGAAAUGAUUUAAAUUGUUCUUUUUUUGUUACACAUCACCAAAAAAAAAAAUUUGAACAGAGGGGUGUAGAUUCAUUGUAACCUGGAAAUAUGUGAAGAGAUUUGUGUGCCACUUCUCACCUCCAACACAAACACCAAAAGUACAUUUCGAGACACUUUGAAGCUGAGCCGUGUCACCAAUGUACAGUGGAUCGUUGUCAGUUUUUUUUUCCUGUGUAUAUAUUGUUACGUCCUUCUCAUGCCACAAGAGACACCCUCAAAACUAUGACAUGUUAUGUAUUGUAUGAAUGUCCCGUAAAUAUGUAGCAGGUAGCUCGACUUGGAAUGACAACAAUCACGAGUCCUUCUCAUUGGCCAACACCGUUGGAGAAUGGCAGGUGAUUGUUUGCACCACAAGUGUUGCUGUCCGUUCUCCCGUCAUUUCACUGUUCUUGUACCGGUCCUCUUCCCAAAACAAUAUACACAAAUACUUCCUCCCCGGA